AUGCCUGUGGCGUCGACUGGCACAGAGCCUGCGGCACCCCCCCAGGUCCUGGAUACCCUGAGUGACAGCAACAGCUCCACCACCGCCAAUGACCUGGACCUCAUCUUCCUCAAGGGCAUCAUAGACAGCCCCGUGGAGCCAGAGAGUCUGGAAGAGACCAGGUUGGAGGCAGUGAGGGACAACAACGUAGAGCUGGUCGAGGAGAUCCUCAGAGAGCUGAGUCCCUUCACACACCAAAGCAACAGCGCAGCAGAGCUCACGCGCAUCCUCAACGAACCCCACUUUCAGUCACUGCUGGAGACCCAUGACUCUGUGGCGUCCCAGGUGUGUGACACCCCUCCCCCCAGCCCCUGUGCCUACAUGGAGCUCCCUGUCAGCAACCAGCCCGUGCCACCAGAUGCCGUCCGGAUGGUGGGCAUCCGCAAAGUGGCUGGUGAACACUUGGGCGUGACUUUCCGUGUGGAGGCGGGGGAGCUGGUGAUUGCCAGGAUCCUCCACGGAGGGAUGAUCGACCAGCAGGGACUCCUUCAUGCGGGUGACAUCAUCAAGGAGGUGAACGGGAAGGAGGUGGGUGAGGACCCGAGGGUUCUGCAGGAGAUCCUGCAGGAUGCCAGCGGCAGCGUGGUGCUCAAGAUCCUCCCUAGCUAUCAGGAGGGCCACGCGCCAGGACAGGUGUUUGUGAAGUGUCACUAUGACUACGACCCGGCCAAUGACAACCUGAUCCCGUGUAAAGAGGCAGGGCUUAAGUUCUACACAGGUGACAUCCUGCAGAUCGUCAAUCAGGAUGACCUCAACUGGUGGCAGGCUCGUCGUUGUGUGGAGGGAGGCAGUGCUGGGCUGAUCCCCAGUCAGCUGCUAGAGGAGAAGAGAAAAGCCUUUGUCAAGCGAGACGUGGAGCUGGCCCCCGCAGGAAAUCUUUGUACUGGAGUGGCGGGAAAGAACAAGAAGAAAAAGAUGAUGUAUCUAACCACUAAGAAUGCAGAGUUUGACAGGCAUGAGUUGCUGAUCUAUGAGGAGGUUGCCAAGGUGCCUCCAUUCCGCAGGAAGACGUUGGUUCUGAUUGGUGCUCUGGGAGUGGGCAGACGCAGCCUGAAGAACAAACUGCUGCUGUCUGACCCACAACACUACGGCACCACCAUCCCCCACACCUCCAGAAAGCCAAAGUCAGGAGAGCGGGAGGACCAGAUGUAUGCCUUCACCUCGCGGAGCAAGAUGGAGGCAGACAUCAAGAAUGGCCGCUACCUGGAGCAUGGCGAGUACGACGGCAAUCUCUACGGCACCAAGAUGGACUCCAUCCAUGAGGUGGUGGAGGCCGGUCGCAUCUGUGUACUGGACGCCAAUCCUCAGGCCUUGAAGGUACUGCGGACGUCUGAGUUCCUGCCUUACGUGGUGUUCAUCGAGGCCCCUGAUUUUGAGGUCCUUCAGGCCAUGAACCAGUCGGCCAUCGAGACUGGAGUUGUCACCAAGCAGCUGACGGACUCAGAGCUGAAGAGAACAGUGGAUGAGAGCACCCGCAUCCAGACGGCCUACGGACACUACUUUGACCUCACCAUUGUCAACGACAACCUGGACGAGAGCUACAGGAACCUGAAGGCAGCCCUGGAGAAGGUCUCUGCUACCCAGCAGUGGGUCCCAGUCACCUGGGUCUUCUAG